AUGGCGCCCAAACUGAGCGAGGACGAGAUUGACGAUCUCAUCUACUUGGCACGAGCAGGUGAGGCGACGGAGCUUACGGAGCUCCUCUCGACGCUUGCAACCCGGGAAGGCGCCAGCGAUGCCGAGAUACUUUUGCAAGCCAGGGAUGAGGGAAAGUCGACAUGUUUGCACAUGGCGACAGGGAAUGGUCACUUGGAAAUCGUCAAAUACUUUAUCAGUUUGUUCGCAAAACGCCCGGCCACGGAGAGGCAGGAAUACCUGGACGCAGCCAAUGAGUACGGCAACACGGGUUUGCAUUGGGCAUCGCUGGGCGGGCAUCUGGAGGUUAUCAAGGUACUGGUGGACGCGGGGGCAAGCCCGGCGUUGGCCAACGACAAGAACUACGUGCCACUAGACCUAGCAAGUUUCAACGACCACGUGAAAGUGGUUGACUAUUUCCUGGAGCAGGCUAAGAAGCUUGAGACGGUGGAAGUGGGUUCGACGGAAGGGAUGGACGUUGGUGGCGCGGGCGGGAAGGACGGAGAGGAUGAAGAAGAAGAGGAGACUGUUGUGAUGAAGGCUGGGGACGUCGGCCAGUCUUGA